GUGGCGCGCACAUUCUUCAGGCUCCUUGCGGCCGACGAUUUCUCGAGCUCGAAUAUUUGAAAUAUUUGUGAUUGAAUGUGGACAAGAACAAGUCGCUUAGGUCUAGGACAGGGGCCACCGGCCACCCAACGAGGGUUUGCGGCGAGCACGCCUUGCCGGCUUCCUGGCGCUCGGCCACAGCUCGCAUCAUGCCAACGGAGAACGACCACCAUAGCUGCUGCGCGAACGCACUAUGACAUACUGGGCGUGGAGCCGACUGCCGACGCAACUGCCAUAAAGUCAGCUUUCCGCAAGGCGGCGAAGCUGUUGCACCCGGAUGUGUCCAAAUCGGAUGACAGCGAAGAAGAAUUCAUCCGUGUGAAGGAGGCCUACGAGAUCCUGAGUGAUGACCGGCAGCGGCGUGCCUACGAUGAGCAACUACGACAGGCCAUGCGGCGGCGCUCCUCCGCCGCCGCCAGCACCAGCAGCCGCGGGCGCCGCAGCGCUGCGUCAGCCGCCGGCUUCGCGGCGGGCACGCGUGUGGUGGUGCAGGACGAGCACGGCAAUUUUGUGGAGAUGGACGUUGGCGAUCUGUUUGGAGCCGAGUUUAUGAUGGAUGACGAGGACGACAGCGAUGACGAUGACGGGUUCCUGGAUCUUGAUGACGAUGACGACCUCGAUUAUGUCGUGUGGGCGUCCACGCCAGGGAAUUUCAAGUCCAGUUUCCAAGCCAGCUGGCAGUCCAACGGCCGCAAGCAGCGCCGCGCCAAGCAGCAGGCGGCGUCGGCGGAGGCGCCUCUGUCUAUGGACGAGAAGGAGUUGUUGCUGCGGGAGCUGCCGCGGCAGUACCGGGCGGCGGCGCAGCAAAUGUUUGGGGCGCAUCUGCAGACGCUGCGUAACCUUGAUGAGCUCGCACAGUUGAUUGAGGCGGUUGAUGAGAUCAGCGCCAUGGGGGUGCAGUUCGAGGUAAUGCACGACGAGUUCGGGAACGGCGUCGGCAGUGGGAACAGCAGCCGAGGUCGGCGGCGGACCAGCACCAGCAGUAGCAGCAGCGGCGGCGGUGGUGGCAGGCGCGCCGGCGGAGGCCGCGGGGGUGCAGGGCGGAGCUCGGCACGAAGCGGCGGUGGUGUGGGCGGAAGCGGCCGCGGCGGGCGUGGCCGGCGGUAGCAUGAACGGUGUAGCUGUCUGUACAGCUACAGCAGCUGUUGCGCAGGGCGGUGUAUUAUAGCGGUGACUGCUCAAGUCCCCGAGAGGUGGUGAGGAGUGUUCUUGGAGUGUGAGCCAUGUUACAGUGUGCGGGGUGGCUUCCUGCUGCGCUGCUGCUUGACAGGAGGGGCGCGCUUGGUAAAGGAGGGUUUGUGCGCGUGAAGCUGAGCGCCCAAGCGUGUAUGUAUGGCGUUGGUACCGAGGGCAGCGCAUUUGCUGGGAGAGAUUUAAAGAGGAUCCUAGAGUUCUGGAGCGGGGAGAGACGGGUACUUGAUGCUGAAGCAAAAGACGUCAGGGACUGCUGGCGGUGUGCGGGUGUCCUGGUGGUAUCUCGGCAGGUGGCGCGCAUGCGGGCGUCGCACACUUGCAUCGCUGUGUUCGUGGCUGGGCGUCCCUCCGAAGUGGGGAAUGCCUGGCGGCAGCGCUCGUGCGUGAGCAUGUUGGAACACGGUAACUUGGAUGCCUUCGUGCCUUGCAGGAGUGGUGGCCGGCAGUUGGGAAGUGAACGGGCUACGCACAAACGGAGUUGUUGUGCUAUAGCAGGCCGACGGCA